AUGCUAGUUCUGGACGUCUCUAAAAUCGGAGUACAGGCCGCAAAGAUGCAGCAGCUGUUAAAUCCGAAGCGCGUUCCCAUACACUUCGCCUAUGUGGCCGUUGCGUCGUUCAUAUUAAUAGUACUUUUAAACCUUCCUAACGCAAGACUCGAUUUAGAAUCCCGUGGGGAGUCCGCCUCCGCCGUUCCCGCUGCGGGAUACUCGCAGCUCCUUCCUGCAGCGACGAUCGGAUCCGUCUCCGCGUUUUCCGGCGGCGGGGACGACGGCGCCGGUGCCGGGGCCAAUAAAGACGCCGCGUCAGCUGACGACGACGAUAGCAACCGUCCGUUUAUUUACGUGUAUGACACGCAAUCGGAGUGGACGGAGGGGAUGAAGGGACGCCCCAAGGAAUGGUUUUCUGACCAAUACGAGGUGGAAUCGGUACUAACGGAGCUUCUUAUGCGCAGUAACGCGAUUCGCACGACGGAUCCUGAGAAGGCGACGCUGUUUUACAUCCCGUACUAUUCGUCGAACCACAUCGCGCAUGUGAACAAGAAUGAGAAAAACAUGAUGGAUAAGUCUGCCGGGGAGGUGUCUAAGGCGUGGCACGAGAUUCUCACUACGAUUCGCCGCGAUUUCCCCUACUUCAACCGCACCAACGGCCGAGAUCACUUCGGCACGAGCACGUUCGAUCACGGCCGUUGCCACGCGCUGACCUGGGUCAACCCCGACCUGUACGGCGAGAUGUUUUUUAUCAUGCUCAACGGGGACCGCCUCGCGCGCACCAUGCACGCUUCUGUCAAGAGAAACCUGCAGAUCAUAGGCUACAGCUACAACAUGACCUUGCAGCCGCAGUACCCCGACAUCCCAUGCUACAUGCCCGACCGUGACAUUGUCGUGCCAGCCUUUAUCGGUGGCCAGAUACCCAUGGUGUCGCCUUUCACCGGCAACCGCACCAUACAAGCCAUCUUCCGCUUCUCAACGCAGCCCAACCACAGGGCGCCCCUCAAGCACCACGGCCAUUCCUUACGCCCCGAGCUGCUCAAAAUGUACGGCAGGCAGCACAUCAAGGGGUGGAGCUUUGCAGCCAGGGGGGAGAGGCAGACCAACCAGGAGUGGCAGCUGGCAGUCUUCUGCAUCUGCCCGCCUGGCCACUCGCAGUGGACCAGCCGCCCCUUCAAGGCGUUGAUAUCAGGGUGCAUCCCAGUGACGUUCUUUCGAGACCACGACAACCCCUGGGACGAUGAGCUGGACUACUCCUCCUUCUCCAUCAACAUCGAUCCGGACGACAUUGCUUCGCUGCGCUCCCGCCUCGAGACUGCCCCCGUGGAGCAGCUGCAGCGCGGCGUGGAGAAGGUGCAGUAG